CUGUCUUUUAGAACUGGCACGAAACUUGGUACAAUUAGGCGGGGAAAUGAAACCAAAUUUUAAUGGUAGAUUGUCCCUCGCAUUCGAGGAAGCAGUCCAAUUUAGUGAACUGGUUAGCCAGCUGGAAAUGCUGAGGGGAAAUUUUAAAGAGGAGAAUAAAACAACCUGUCACCCAACUGAAGCUAGUGGAUCUACAACCUUUAAUCCAGAAACUUUUGAUUCUCCAACCUAUAAGCCAGAAUUUUAUAUUCCAUCUUCAAGGGGAUCAGCAGAAAUGCCUCCCCCACCUCCAUAUACGGCACCAAAAAAAGAAAAGCAGAAGACUCUUAUCCUGGUGAUCUUGUUAGCCUAUUGAAUGAUAUAAGCAAAUGAUUGUACUCUCUGUAAGAGGAGUUUGUUUCAGGCGUUCCAUUAAAGUUUUUAAGAAAAGUUCAUUAAAUCUUAUUUACAAUAAAAUAACAUACUAAAUUAUAAAAUAAAACAUACAAAGUUUAAUCCUAUUUUGAAAUGUCCAUAGGCAUAACUCUAAAUAUGAUUAGUCCAAAAUCUCUUCCCAUCAAAAUUUGAUAAUCCUUUUUUAACAAUAUGGUUGACAAAGAGUUCAUGAUUUUGACUUUUUAUCAAUUUCAUUGAAUUCAUUGUCGAUGCAUUUUAGAAAUAAGCAUUCUUUAUAAUUGGCAUGUUUUAACUGUUUUUUGACGGCACAUUUUUUUUUAUUCCUUUGGCAGUUUUCUUUUCCUGUUCUGUGUUGUCGUCAUCAUAUUUCAAACUAUACAUUUUCGGUCGCAAUCAAAUAAACUCUUUAAUUGGAACACCUGAAACAAAACGAAAUGUAUCAAUUAUUUAGUUCAAAAUUAGGUUUAAGAUAAAAUAGAUUAUCUUUUUUGUGAAGUAAAAAAGAAAAAUCGCAAUGGUAUUAUAUUAUUUUUCUUUGGAUUUUUGUUCGUUAUCAUUUAAUAUUUGUUAAUUUCAAAUUUUGUUAAUCGAUUGAUAAUAAAAUUAGUUACCAUCUA